AUAAUCUGUUCUUGUGAGGACCCAUUCUUGGAAACACACCUCCUUAGUCGGGACCUCACGAGUCCAAGGGUCAAUGUGAGGAAGAAGACUGGGUUCCAGUCUGGUCCAGAGCCCUGGUUCUGCUUAGCCAAGUGCUUUGUGGCGGGGAGAGGUCCCCACAAAGACAGAGAGACAAGUGUGCGUGUGGAUAAGUGGAGCUGCAGUAGGUGGAUGGACGGAUGUUAUCAGCAGAGGAGUUUGCGUGUGAGGCAGAGAGAGAGAGAGAGUGGACGAAGCAGAGGCGUGUGUGAGGAGGAGGCGGUGAGUGGAGAAGAAGAGAGAGUGAGAGAGGGAGCAGAGGGAGAGGCAGAGCAGCCGCGCGCGCGCGCCACUCUCUGCUCGGCCAGGGAGGAGGACCGCCGCUCUGCACAACUCCAGCGGACCGAGCAGCUCGCGGGUCACCGGGAGGAUGGGGAGUUGAGCCAGUCACGUGACCGCGGGGCCAGCUGGACCGGAGCAGAACCGAGCCGACGCCGGGAGCAUGAUCGUCCAGAGGAGACGCCGUUAGACGAGCCGCGCCGCGCCGCCAACAUGUUCAGGCCAGGAUCCGGUGGAGUGGAGCUGCUGCUGGUGCUGUGUGGCUUGGACCUCUCGCUGCCUUGUCCUCGCCACUGCAUCUGCUACACCUCGCCCAGCACCGUCUCCUGCCAGGCGCACAACUUCCACGCCGUGCCCGAGGGCAUCCCGGCCCAGAGCGAGCGGGUCUUCCUGCAGAACAACAAGAUCCAGCGGCUGCUGCGGGGCCACUUCUCGCCCACCACCUCCAUGCUCUGGCUGUACUCCAACAACAUCUCCUAUAUCCAGCCCUCCACCUUCCACGGCUUCCAGCGGCUGGAGGAACUGGACCUGGGGGACAACCGGCACCUGAGGGCCCUGGCCUCCGACACCUUCCUGGGCCUGGGCCGCCUCCACGCUCUCCACCUCUACCACUGUGGCUUGAUCAGCCUGCCGCCGGGCAUCUUCGCUGGCCUCCACAACCUCCAGUAUCUCUACCUUCAGGACAACCAGCUGGAGUUCCUGGAGGACGACCUGUUCAUCGACCUGCUCAACCUCAGCCAUCUCUUCCUCCACGGCAACAAGCUCUGGAGUCUCCGUCAGAACACCUUUCGAGGCCUGGGAGUCCUGGACCGGCUCCUCCUCCAUCAGAACCGGAUCCAGUGGAUCGACGUCCAGACCUUCCACGACCUGCGGCGCCUGACCACGCUGUACCUCUUCAACAACUCGCUGAGUGAGCUGCCGGGCCUCAGCCUGAGCCUCCUGCCGGCCCUGGAGUACCUGCGGCUCAACGGCAACCCCUGGAGGUGCGACUGCAAGGCCCUGUCGCUGUGGGACUGGCUGCAGAGGUUCAGAGGCUCCACCUCCUCGCUGGUCUGCGCCGCCCCGCCCCCGCUGGAGGGGAAGGACCUGAAGACGCUGAAGAAGGAGGAGCUGCCGCGCUGCACGCCAGGGGCGGAGCCCGAGCACGGCGAGUCGCUGAACCACCUGAACGGCCACCGCGCUCGCCACAACCAUCACCAGAGGCCGUACCUGCCUCACGGCGACCAGCACAACCUGCCCUCGCCCUCACCUCUCCCCAGACCCCCGAAGGGGAGUCGCAGGAACUGCACGCGGCGGGGCCGCAAGGCAAAGGGGGGACUCAACGAGGUGCAGCUGCUUCGGGAGGGUGAGGAGAAAAACUUCACCCCGGGAGGUAAAUACCAGCAGUCGGCCUCCAGCCGGAGGAAGAACAAGUGCGCCCCCAGGACUUCAGUCCGGCCUCCCAGCGGCGUCCAGAGGGCCGAGAGCCGAGCGCCACCACGCUCGCGCUCGGCGCCUGCGCUCCUGCUGUCGCUCUGCUGCCUGGUCCUCCGCUGAGGUCGGCAGGUCGCUGCCUUGUGGGGACUCUCAUAUCUGUGGACGACUGUGUGACGAUUACAACUUCAUCUAACGUUCAACUCAGUUCUCAAGACGCUCACGAGUCACCGGCCGCCGCAGACGUCAGGGAGGGCGCCACGCCACAUGCUAACACACAGUGACCUUCCAGCAACACACUUGCACAACAACUGGGGCAGUUCAGCGGGUCCGCUACACACUGCAGGGGGUCGUAAUGUAACGCCUUAUCCAGUCUCUCAAACGGAAGAUCAACCCAGCGUGAACCACGCUCCGACCCUUGCUAGCUUUCAGUAACCCAGGAGGGAUGAGUGUUGGGGGCAGUCAGCAGGUCAUGUGUUGGACUCCAACCGCUGGGUCAGGGGAGCAUGGGGUCUCAGAGACAGCGAGGUCAAGGUGUUGAGGGACGCGUGGAGGUGAGGUUCCCGAGCAGACGGAGGUGGAUCUCCGUGCUGGCCGUGAGCUAAACUGGAUCAUCAGGUGAGAUUGAAUGAACCCUGCCCUGAACAGGAGGAGACUCUGCCAUCCACACCUCAGUGAGGUCAACCACCACCACGUCCGAGUCACGGUCCGGUCGAGCCAGGAGGAAGAAACUCCAGUGUCUCAAGAGGAAGUCAGACCUUCGCUGGAUUCCAAGGCCACUGGUUCUGGGAGGGUCUUUUUGAGUCCUGGACUCAACUUUGGUGAGGAGAGAUCUGCAUGGCUCCAGCACCGACGGGGACCCGGGUCAGCAGCGGAACCUGCAACUGGCCGUAUGCAAGCAUCUUUUGGUGACACAAACAAACAAGCACAAUGUUCCUUCUGGUUUACACCAACUCCUGGGACCACGAGCUCAGUGUCCGCUGACGCCAGAGUCGGCCUUCUGUAGGAUUUAGCGCCCCCUCCUGGUGAACCUGUGCGUGCUGCUGUGAUUCCACAGGUCAUGUGAACGUGUGUGUAAAUCCCUGUGAGGAUGAGAGGAACCUGGAAGACGGUCUGGAGCAGGAGUUGGGCAGCUGGACUUUUUUUUAUCGGAGUGACUCCAGGUGGCGCUCCACCGUCGCCCUGCUGCUUUUCUAUUUGAUGCAUCUCUCCUCCUCUCCUGCCUGCACCCCCCUCCCCCACCCCCUGUAUUCUUCUCUGCUCCAGUCUUCUUUUGUGCAACCCAAAUGUUUUGUAUGUGGUUAUCAAACGAUGGCAGACUCAAAAGCGGUUUAUAAAUAACAUUAAACAGAAAGUGUCCUCAAACGGCUGAGGUGGUCUAUUUGCUGGCUUGAUGCUGCCAGCAAGCACGUGUGUGCGUCUGUGAGUGUGUGUGUGUGCUAAUAGUCUGCCACAAUGAGCCCUGCAGCUGCGUGAUAAGAAAGAAAACAGUUAAAAAGUGGCAGAGUUCAUGGAAGAAGUGAAGAGUUUGGAGAGUGCUAGCAGGGAAACCUCACUACAGUUGGACCUGAGGAGAAGCCUGGCGCCAGGUGAGCGGGAGGUCGACCGGUGAGAGCACAUCCCCCUGGGGUCAUUGGUAGGUCAUGGUGCCCAGCUGCAGCGCGACGGCCGUGAAGCCAACUCAGACUGGAGAGCGCAGAGGUGAGCCCUGACCUCUGACCUUCGGGUUGCGCAGUGUGAAAGUUGAAAACACGGCUGCAGGGUGCGACUGCUGGGAGCUCAAACCCUGCAGUGGAACACGGGUUCAGUGUGGUGGGAGGAUCCCCCAGCUUCCCAGGGUGAAAGCCAGGUGACCCCCUGGGCAGGUCACUCACCUUGCUGAUGGCUGGAGUGGUCUUGAGGAUCUCUGCUACCUGGUGAGAUAUAAAAACAUGAAAACCUCUACACAGGAAACACACGCCUCCCUGGUGGGCGUCUGCCACAGGUCCCUCAGAGAGGAACAGCAGUUCUGCAGAGGACAGCACUCGUCCGUGACCUCCAGGGUGAAUGAGGGCCUGACUCCGCAGGGUCCAUGAAAGGCUGCCGUGGCUGUGACAGUCCAAACUACUCGCUGGUUUCUUCACCAGGCUCUCAGCGAUGGCGCGAGGUCACUGGCCUCCGUCCGAGCCUUCAGGAGCAGGUGAGGAGCUCAGAGCAGACACACUGCUCACCAUCAUCAUGUCCCUCACAGUGGCAUUCUGGGAAGGUUUUCCAGCCUGAGUUGGAGGAAUCUUCUGAAGGGGCUCAGCACAGUCAGGUCAUGGCUUCAAACACUCCAGAAACGCGUUUCUCCAAAUCUCUUCUCCUUCGCUGACCAAUUAGGACCUGGGCGUUUAGAAAAGUGAGCCGACGUGGAAGGAGCGGAAGAGAGGAGGCGGAGUAGGUGGCUGCUGC